AUGAGAUUUUUACUUUUUGGAAUUGCUCUUGCGGAGAUUCCUAAGGGAGUCGUCAGGAAUUACACUUAUGAUGACCUAGAGAAACUUGGAUUCCGUCAAAAAUACACGCAGCUGUUUUACGACUCGUACCUCAUCAAAAAGAUCACUCCCUUGGUUGAAUCUUCAUGGAUGUUCCUUGGCUGCCGCGAAACCAACUCGACAACCAUCAAACUCGGUCAUUUUUCACCAACAGAGACAUUUUUUGAGUCUCAAGAUCUCCCGUCACAAGAAACUUUUACUGGACGCCUCGUGAAUGGGGCCUUUACUUACUACAGCAAAGAUCUUCCGUCAGAACCGCUUGGUUUUUCUGGUGCACCAGAGAUUUACCUUUACAAUAUCGACACGUAUGACUGCACUAUCCAGAAUGAUGACAAAAACUGUACUUAUGAGAACAUGGACUGGCAUCGAAUGACCGUCCAUUCAAACUACCCUUACGGAACCGGUUGGCGAUGCGGAGAAGUAACACAACAAAACUACCAGUCUCCUGUUCCAUUUUACGAUUUUCUGUACGAUUACUCGAUUGAAGUCUGGUUUCUGCCUAAAUAA